CUGAAAGUUCCCGCGCUUCCGAGGACCUCCAGCCCAAGCCCAACAAUCGCUCUUUCCUCGUCUGACGCCUUCGUCCGUUAGGUAAAUCGUCCUUUCCCGUACAACACCUACACGCCCUCACAAUGCGCUCUUAAUGUAUAGUUGAACCACCCAGGGCUGGCCGCGACGAAGUUUGGUCCGUUCUAGACGUUCUCCACAAUAAACAUGGGCCUUGGGAUCUUGGAGGAUCGACACUUGGAGCAUGUCCCUGGGACGGCCUUCGUGCUCGAUGGCGACAGGAAAAGAGAGGUCGCGCAAGAUGCAGCGCGAAGUCAUCUGAAGUACGACAAGACGGGCAAGAUACUGCUCGUUCCGCAGCCUUCAGACGAUCCUAAUGAUCCACUUAACUGGCCACUAUGGAAACGUGACCUCAUCAUAGUAAUCCUCUCCCUCCUCUCCGUCAUCGCAGCAACCCUGUCCCCCCUCCUCGCCGCCAACACCGUGUCGCUAGCCAUCAUCUUCGAGCGCUCCCUCACUGACAUGGCCCUUUUGACUGGGUACCACCUCCUCGGCGUUGGCAUCGCAGGAUUACUCUUCGUACCCAGCGCACGCAUAUGGGGAAAGCGACACCUCUACAUCCUCGGCGCCGUCAUUGUCAUCUUCAGUUGCGUAUGGGGCGGCGCAACGGGACCGCACUACGCUUCCUUCCUAUGGGCACGCAUCUUCCAGGGCGUGGGACUUGCGCCGUUCGAAGCGCUCGUCAAUGCGUCAGUGGGCGAUUUGUAUCAUGUGCAUGAGCGCGGACUGCGCAUGGCGCUUUCCAACCUUGCGCUGUUCGGCGGUGCGUUCUUGACACCGGUGUUCGUGGGACUGAUAGCAGAUCGCAUUGGGUACGAGUGGACAUUCUACUUCGUUGCUAUCUUCGCUGCUGUACUGCUGCCUCUAGUCAUAUUCUUCUGCCCAGAGACGACGUACAAGCGCGACGCGCGCUUCGACAUCGACACCAUGGGCAACCUCGUGAUUCAGCCCGGCUAUGAACUAAAAGACGUUCGCAACAACGGAACGACCUCAAUCUCCACCUCCGACGAAACCGAAAGAGGCGGCGUCCUAAAAGAAGGCCACGAAACCUUCGUCCAACCCAGCACCAUACCGUCUCCACCACCGCCCAAAGCCACCUUCCUCCAAUCCCUCGCCCCCUUCAACGGCCGCAAAACAGACGAGCACUACAUCCACCUCCUCUUCCGGCCCUUCCCUUUAUUCUUCCACCCAGGCAUCCUCUGGGCAUGUCUAAUCCAAGGCGUAAUGAUCGGUUUCACGGUGCUCAUCGGGGUCACGCUCGCUGCUAUUUUCCUGGGCCCGCCGCUCUGGUUCGGCGAGCUCGAGACUGGAUACAUGUACACGGGGGCCUUUAUCGGGGCGAUCCUGGGCUUUGCGUUGUGUGGGCUGAUAAGCGAUUCGAGCGCGAAGCUGCUGACGAGGUGGAACAACGGGGUUUAUGAGCCCGAAUUUCGGAUGGUGCUUGUGUUGCCGCAGAUGGUGUUGGGGGGUGCGGGGUUGUAUGGGUUUGGGUGGACUACUAACGAGCCGUUGAAGUAUGGAUGGCUCUGGCCUGACUUCUUCUUCGCUUUGGUGGUUAUGGGCAUGGUGUGUGGGGCGGUGGCGAGUGCGCUGUAUAUCGUCGAUGCUCAUCGUAAGUCUCAACUCCUUCGAUAUGGCUGCGUGGAACGGAGUGCAAGGGAGUUUGACGGGGUGGGAAAGAAUUGUGCAAUGAGUUGAGAAAGCGGUUUUGGCUAACAGUCCACAGGCGACAUGUCCGUCGAAGGCUUCACCUGCCUCCUCGUCUUCAAGAACCUGUUCUCCUUCGGCCUAACCUUCAAGGGCUUCGACUGGCUCGUGC